AUGAUUGGCCAGGUCAAAUCGCGGAAAGAUCACAAAAUCCAAUUCAUUUUACAGACCGACCCGCCCUCGUCUACUGUACUCGAGUGUUGUACACAUGUAAGACUUCGACGGCGGUGGCGUAACAUUCUGGGGUCCGAACCAGUUGGUCCGAACGCCUACCAUCGUCCCUUCUUGCUGCAUUCCAAGGUACGGACGACAAUCUUAAGUGUCCGAAACAAAAACACUACUUCGAGCCUGAGAGCUGGCCUGUGUCUGACUUCUAGCCAGAAAAUGCCCUCUCAAUCCGAUGUUGCGCGGUACGCAGCAAAACACCCAUCAUCUACGACGCUGCUGCCGAGCGGCAAGCUGCAGUUUACAAAAAGCGGGAUGGAAUUUGCUGCCAUGACGUCGGGGAAGGUGCUAGAAGCCUAUGCAAAUGGGCUUGCGUAUAAGCGCGCACUACAGCUGAAAGCCAACGAGGGAUACGACUUUGCCCAACACGAGCCGUACGUCGUCCCGCACAAGCACAAAGACAAGAAUCACUUUCUGUUUUGCAAGCUUACGAGUUCUGUCUUGCCGCGCCGGAAGGAUGUGGUCAUUGGCCAUGUGAAUGGGAAAAGAUUUCAGAGAAAGUUCAAAGAAGCAGACCGGCAGCGGGAGGAGGCGGCGCGAAUCGCGGCGAAGCGGAAGGAGAAGAAACUGGCGAGGGCAAAGUCGAUGGGAAAGAAAGAAGGGGAAAAUCAUAAUGGUGGUGAAGGAGAGAAUGGGGAAGAGGAGGCUGGAGACAAGGAAGCGCCUGACCUUCUCGACGGGAUUCUGUCCGAUGCCGACGAAGAUAUGGGUGACGGGGAUGAGGACGCGAAUAAUGACGGCAAAGAAGAGGACACGGGCGAUGAGGAAAUGGAAGAAGCCCCGAAGCAAACCAAGCUCGAUGAGAGGAUCAGUGAGGAUGAGAAGGACGGGGCAGUUUUCUGGACUCGCGGUCGUCGCCGUGCUCGAGCCGCAGCAAAUCGUGAUGCCGCCACGCGCAACGCUAGUGAGAACGGGAUGGAGGAGGGUAUCACUAUAAGGAAAUCCAGAUCCAAAGCGAAGGGAGGCAAGCGAGUCGUUCCCUCAUCUGAAAUCACCAUGGGUGCAAAUGACGAUGCUGCUGCAGCCUCAAAUGGGCAUCAGGAGGGCGAAGUUGCCACGAAAAAGAGAUUGCGGUCGGAAAAGGCUCCGAAGAAGGCACGCCGGCCUCGGCAAAGACGGAAGUCAGACCGAGCGGAAGCUUGACCUAAAGACAUAAAGGACAUCUUCUCUUUCU